AUGUCGGAAAACGAGGGUGUCGUCCCGGAAGAAGUCCCAAUUUGGAGAACAGCUCUGCAGACACCACAGACAUAUCUCAGCCGCGGACGUCCACUGGUAGCGCGGCAGGCUUUGCCGCCCUACGAAAUCGCGCAUGAGGACUCUUCGAUCCGGGUGUAUCUGCUUUGUACUAUGCCGUGGUGUUCUAGACAUCUUGAACACGCGCAGUCGAGGACAUGCACUGUGCUACCACCGCACUGCACACCUCCUCUCGGAUAUAAGCGCAAGCCCAUGAGGACUCAUUGUUCAACAGGCCAACUUUUCUUGUGCAACUCCGAGAACCUCAUGAGCAGUCUUGGCAGAAAUGUACAUCGGCCUGCCGAUGUUUUCUGUCGCCAAGUAGCCGAUCUCGAGUCUCCAAGGGGACCUGAACAGGCGAUCAAGUCAAUGCCCAUAGUUUCGCGCGAUACAACACCUGCUCACGAGACAAGCCUGUUCGCGAAGAACAUAGCAUGGCAAUGGAGAUGGGAAAGCAAGAUGCCAGGAUCAACGCUGUUCCAGCAGCUAGAGAUGACCACCUGCCUCAUAUCUAAACCACACAACACUAUAAAACAAAACAUCUCCACCGCGAAAUCAACAAACAUCCUUGUUCUACAUCAUCAACACAUCAAACACACUCAGACAUCAAUCAAUCAACCAAACCAAACACUCAAAACACUCAAGCAACCUACCAACUUACCACUUUCUCAAACAUCAACCAGCAACCUUCUGCAAAGAACCAUACAUCAAACCACAACGAUUACCCAAACAACCGACACCAUCAACCAAACCGACGCCAUGGCUCCCACUUGGCCCGUCACUCGCCCCAAGCCUCCUCACCCCCCUCCCGACCCGGCUCCCAAGCCCCUUCCUCCCAGCAAGUAA